CGGGACCGCGUGCGCCAGGGAUGGACUUACAGCAUCGUGCAGGUAUCCUCCUUCACACCAUUCAGAAUAAACACUGCUCCCAAGUACUUUAAUCCUCCACUAGGAUAAACAAUAUUUAGUCUGCAGUAGUCUUGGUCAGAUCAGGUCUGUGUGCAGGCUUUUAUCUCCAUUACCACAACAUGAUCAUCCUCUCCUUUCAUUCUACAUUGUGUUAUUAGCAUGUCCAUGGCUGAUACAACAGAACUCCCCCUACAGGUGUAUAGGCAACACUAUAAAAAGUUAUUAUGGUGAAAUAUAUGAUUGUUUUCUUCCUGUGCCCAGGACAUCAUGAACAAGCGUAACCCACGUCUGGUUCCUUAUAACCUGCUGGAUGAGAGAACCAAGAAGACCAACCGAGACAGCGUUAACAACGCUGUGCGCACUCUCAUUGGCUAUGGAUACAACAUCGAGCCUCCAGACCAGGAGAGCAGUGAGUCUAUGGUGUUGUCUUGCUAAUGAAGGACUGGAGGAGAAACGAGGUCUCCAUACGCAAAUCUCUCCCUCCUUCUCUCUCACUGUCUCUCUCUCUCUCUCUCUCUCUCUCUCUCUCUCUCUCCAUCUCUCUCUCUCUCUCUCUCUCUCUAGCUGGCCUUGGCCUGGACGACGUGCGUGGGGAUAAGGUGCGCAUCUUCCGUGCUGAGAAGUCGUACGCGGUCACGUCUGGGAAGUGGUACUUUGAGUUUGAGGCAGUGACGACCGAAGAGAUGAGAGUGGGCUGGGCCCGACCCAACGUCAGGGCUGACAAUGAGCUGGGAGCAGACGAGCUGGCCUGGGUCUUCAACGGAAAAACGGUAUGUCACAAUCACUGGCUGUCUAGAGCUGGGUUAGGCUAGGGCAACACAGGGUCAUCCAUUAACGGAUGAUGAACAACAGAGACGAUUCUCUGGGAAAGGGUGUCUACCCAUGCUACUCGCCCAAACACAUGAUGAAGGAAUAAACGAGUUAAUGUGUCUUUGUGUAUCCGUAGGCCUAGAAUCUUUACCAAGCCAUUAGUCCAGAGAUGUUUUUUUUUUUUUUAUGAUUCUUUACCAAACCAGUGUAUUCACAUUUACAUUUUAGUCAUUUAGCAGACGCUCUUAUCCAGAGCGACUUACAGUUAGUGAGUGCAUACAUUUUUCAUACUGUAUUAAUACAUUUUAGUUUACUUUUUCAUAGUUUCAUAUUUAUAUUACAGUUUCUUUUUUUUAUUUUUUUACAAUUUUGAAUUGUUUUGUCCCCCGGCCCGCGGGCCGUGGGUAAACCCCUUGGGCCCCCAGUGGCAUCAGGUGAAGUGGGGUGUAUGAUCGACCUGACCGAACAGAACAUUAUGUUCACCCUAAAACGGAAGGGGUUCAUCGCGACUCGGCUCCGAGGGUUUUCAAGGACAAGGAUGGAGAAGGUAAGAGUGGUGUUGUCAGGGUUUUCAAUAUACACGGAGGGGGUUUUGGGGAGUUACAGGGUGGUUUUAAUACGGGCGUGGGGGCUCUGGGGAGCUACGGGGGGUUUUUAAUAAGGCUGUAGGGGCCCGGGUGGGGCUCAGGGGGGUUUAAUAAGGGGUGUAGGGGUGGGGGGGAGUAAGGGUGGUUUUUUAAAUAAGGUGGUAUGGGUUGGGGGCUACAGGGUGGUUUAAUACGUUGUAUGGGUCUGGGGAGUACAGGGUGGUUUAAUACAGGCUGUAGGGGUAUGGGGAGCUACAGGGUGGUUUUAAUACAGGCUGUAGGGUCUGGGGUAGCUACAGGGUGGUUUAAUACAGGCUGUAGGGGUCUGGGGAGCUACAGGGUGGUUUAAUACAGGCUGUAUGGGUCUGGGGAGCUACAGGGUGGUUUAAUACAGUCUGUAUGGGUCUGGGGAGCUACAGGGUGGUUUAAUACAGGCUGUAGGGGUCUGGGGAGCUACAGGGUGGUUCAAUACAGGCUGUAUGGGUCUAGGGAGCUACAGGGUGGUUUAAUACAGGCUGUAUGGGGUCUGGGGAGCUACAGGGUGGUUUAAUACAGGCUGUAGGGGUCUGGGGAGCUACAGGGUGGUUUAAUACAGGCUGUAGGGGUCUGGGGAGCUACAGGGUGGUUUAAUACAGGCUGUAUGGGUCUGGGGAGCUACAGGGUGGUUUAAUACAGGCUGUAUGGGUCUGGGGAGCUACAGGGUGGUUUAAUACAGGCUGUAUGGGUCUGGGGAGCUACAGGGUGGUUUAAUACAGGCUGUAGGGGUCUGGGGAGCUACAGGGUGGUUUAAUACAGGCUGUAGGGGUCUGGGGAGCUACAGGGUGGUUUAAUACAGGCUGUAGGGGUCUGGGGAGCUACAGGGUGGUUUAAUACAGGCUGUAGGGGUCUGGGUAGCUACAGGGUGGUUUAAUACAGGCUGUAGGGGUAUGGGGAGCUACAGGGUGGUUUAAUACAGGCUGUAGGGGUCUGGGUAGCUACAGGGUGUGCAGCGGUAUCACACAUGGUUCCAUCCCAGCGGUAUCACACAUGGUUCCAUCCCAGCGGUAUCACACAUGGUUCCAUCCCAGUGGUAUCACACAUGGUUCCAUCCCAGCGGUAUCACACAUGGUUCCAUCCCAGCGGUAUCACACAUGGUUCCAUCCCAGUGGUAUCACACAUGGUUCCAUCCCAGCGGUAUCACACAUGGUUCCAUCCCAGCGGUAUCACACAUGGUUCCAUCCCAGCGGUAUCACACAUGGUUCCAUCCCAGCGGUAUCACACAUGGUUCCAUCCCAGUGGUAUCACACAUGGUUCCAUCCCAGCGGUAUCACACAUGGUUCCAUCCCAGUGGUAUCACACAUGGUUCCAUCCCAGCGGUAUCACACAUGGUUCAACCAUUAGUUGAUGGUUUAAACAAGGUGCGCCAGUGCUGGGCUGGAUUAGAAUGCUGCAUGCACUACAGAUCUCCAGGACCUGGGUCAGAACGUGAACUCUCCUUCAACUCCGUUUCCCUAUGGGCCCUGGUCAAAAGCAGUGCACUAUAUAGGGAACCUAACUCUCCCCUUCUACCUCUCCAGGCUUCAUCCCAGUGUGUACCCUGGGCCUGUCUCAGGUGGGCAGGAUCAACCUGGGUCAGAACGUCAGCAGCCUGCGUUACUUCGCCAUCUGUGGUCUCCAGGAGGGCUUCGAACCGUUCGCCAUCAACAUGAAGAGAGACAUUACCAUGUGGUUCAGCAAGAGCCUGCCACAGUUCGCCCCCGUGCCAACUAACCACCAACAUAUUGAGGUACUGACCCAAUAACCACCAACAUAUUGAGGUACUGACCCAAAAACCACCAACACGUUGAGGUAGUUGACCCACUAACCAACAACACAUUGAGAUACUGACCCAAUAACCACCAACACAUUGAGGUAGCUUACCCAAUAACCACCAACACAUUGAGGUACUGACCCAAUAACCACCAACACAGUGAAGUAGCUGACCAACUAACCACCAACACAUUGAGGUACUGACCUACUUACCACCAACACAUUGAGGUACUGACCCAAUAACGACCAGUACAUUGAGAUACUCACCCAAUAACCGCCAGUACAUUGAGACACUGACCCAAUAACCACCAACACAUUGAGGUACUGACCCACUAAACACCAACACAUAAUAAUAAUAAUAAUAAUAUGCCAUUUAGCAGACGCUUUUAUCCAAAGCGACUUACAGUCAUGCGUGCAUACAUUUUUGUGUAUGGGUGGUCCCGGGGAUCGAACCCACUACCUUGGCGUUUCAAGCGCCGUGCUCUACCAGCUGAGCUACAGAGGACCACUGAGGUACACAUUGAGGUAGCUGACCCAAUAACCACCAACACAUAGAGGUACUGACCCAAUAACCACCAACACAUAGAGGUACUGACCCAAUAACCACCAACACAUAGAGGUACUGACCCAAUAACCACCAACACAUUGAGGUACUGACCCAAUAACCACCAACACAUAGAGGUACUGACCCAAUAACCACCAACACAUUAUGAUAUUAUAUAAUAUAUGCCAUUUAGCAGACACUUUUAUGCAAAGCGACUUUCAUUCAUGCGUGCAUACAUUUUAAGUAUUGGUUGUCCCGGGAAUCGAACCCACUAUCCUGGCGAACUGAGCUACAGAGGACCACAUUGAUAACCACCAACACAUUGAGGUUGCUGACCCACUAACCAGCAACACAUUGGGGUACUGACCCAAUAAUCACCAACAUAUUGAGCUAGUUGACUUAAUAACCACCAACACAUUGAGGUACUGACCCAAUAACCACCAACACAUUGAUGUACUGACCCAAUAACCACCAGUACUUUGAGAUACUGACCCACUAACCACCAACACAUUGAGGUAAGACCCACUAACCACCAGCACAUUGAUGUACUGACCCAAUAACCACAAACACAUUGAUGUACUGACCCAAUAACCACAAACACAUUGAGGUAGCUGACCCAAUAAUCAUCAACACAUUGAGGUACUGACCCAUAUACAGACAGACUAAGGAUACUAUGAUUUGGGUAUCAUGUAUCAGACUAGGGAUACUAAGAUUUGGGGUAUCAUGUAUCAUACAGCGUUCGUUGAGUCUAACUUAUUGAAAUCAAAUCAAACUUUAUUUAUAUAGCACAUUUCUUACAACAAAUUAAUUUCAAGGUGCUUUCAGCUUUAUUUAGAAAGGGAAUCAUCAUCAUUUAGUUAGAGAGGCUUUAUUUAGAGAGGGAAUCAUCAUAAUUUAGUUAGAGAGGCUUUAUUUAGAGAGGGAAUCAUCAUAAUUUAGUUAGAGAGGCUUUAUUUAGAGAGGGAAUCAUCUCGCCACUUUGAGGAACUGUACUUGACCCCUAAAAUGAAAUGUGACUUAAGUGUUUCUUAUAUACAGUAGGAGCUACAUGUAUUGAGUAAAACCCAUUGUAGAGAUAUGAUACUUCCAGAGGAGGUUGAUUGCAGGUAGGUAUGACUUGAGAUAUGCAACAACAGUUUUGCAGGAGGUUCUAGUUAUUUUUUUAUUUAUUUAACCUUUAUUUAACCAGGAAGGGCUCAUUGAGAUUUAAAAUCUCUUUUUCAAGAGCGUCCUGGCCAAGAUAGGCAGCACCAAGUCAUUACAAAAAAUUACAGACAGACAACAUGAAAAACUACAAGUAAUCUAGUAAAAACCAUUCAUGAAUUCACAAGAGUAUAACAAUAUCAAAAACAGCAAAUUUAAAAACAUUGACAGGUCAGGGAAUCAGCCUCAAAAUCCUUCAUCAGAGAUUUAAAAACACCAAUCGGGACAAGUUCUUCCAGUUUAAAAUUAUUUUGUAAGGUGUUCCAAGACGAUGGCGCAGAGUACAUAAAAGACCUUUUACCAAAUUCAGUUCGGACAUUUGGAACAGUUAGCAGGAUAAAGUCCAGUGAACGAAGAGAGUACCCACCACAUUUCUGAACAAUAAAAAUGCCCAAAUAAAAAGGUAGUAAACCCAAAAUGGCUUUGUAAAUAAAAGUAUACCAGUGACUGAGCCUACGAGUGACUAGAGAAGGCCAGCCAACCCUGGUAUACAAAGUACAGUGGUGCGUAAGGGUUUUGCAGUUUAAAAUAAAUCUCAAAGUACCAUGGUAAAGAGUGUCAAUUGAUCUCAAACACUGAGCGGAAGCAUUCAUAUAUAAAAUAUCCCCAUAGUCUAGUAAAGGCAUAAAUGUAGCUGAUACUAGCCUCCUUCUGGCUUCAAAAGAAAAACAGGCCUUAUUCCUAAAAUAAAAUCCCAAUUUCAGCUUCAAUUUUUUUGUAAGUUGUUGAAUAUGCAAUUUAAAAGAGAGGCCGUCAUCAAUUAGAAUUCCAAGAUAUUUAUAUGAGGUUACAACCUCAAUCUCCUUGCCCUGACAGGUAGUAACAGGUGAAAGGUUCAGAGGUCUAUUUCUUGCAUUAGAAAACACCAUUAGUUUAGUUUUGUCAGUAUUGAGGAUAAGCUUCAAUUGACACAAGGUAUGUUGAACAGUAUAAAAAGCAGUUUGCAAGUUCUGGAAAGCUUUUGUAAGAGAUGAGGCACAACAGUAAAUAACAGUAUCAUCAGCAUAAAAAUGAAGUUGUGCAUUUUGGACAUUUUUGUCUAAAUCAUUAAUAUAAAUAGUGAAUAAGAGAGGACCAAGUACAGAGCCCUGGGGCACACCAUUCAGGACAGACAAUUUAACAGACAUAAGCCCAUCAAAUUGAGUGCACUGAGUUCUAUCAGACAGAUAGUUAGCAAACCAUGCAACUGCAUGCUCCGAAAGACCUACACUCAACAAUCUCUGCCUUAGUAUAGCAUGAUCAACUGUAUCAAAAGCCUUAGAGAGAUCAAUAAAAAGUGAGACACAGUGCUGUUUUUUGUCAAGGGCUUCAGUGAUAUCAUUUAAAACCUUCAUGGCUGCUGUAAUUGUGCUAUGCUUCUUCCUGAAGCCCGAUUGAUACAUUGAUAAAAUAGAGUUAGUAAAUAAAAACUCUUUUAGCUGUUCACUUACAAGGGUUUCAAGUAUUUUCACCAGGGGUGACAGCUUUGAGAUUGGCCUAUAAUUAUUUAAAAGAGUUGGAUCUCCCCCUUUUAAAAGUGGUAGGACAAAUGCUGAUUUCCAGAUCUUUGGAAUUUCAUUACAUUCCAGGGUUAGAUUGAACAGAUAUGUAAGUGGUUCAGCUAUGAAAUCAGCUGCCAGAUUUAAAAAGCAGGGAUCCAAAAGAUCAGGACCUGCAGGCUUUCUUUGAUCUAAGGAUUUCAGGGCUUUAUGUACCACCUGCACUGAGAAUGGCAGAAAACUAAAAGUUUGACCAGCUCUCACUGGUUCAUCCACACAGGGUUGUACAGAGACAGAGGACACUGGUUCAUCCACACAGGGUUGUACAGAGACAGAGGACACUGAAUCAAACAGCCUACCAGAUGAUACAAAGUGCUCAUUGAAACAAUUCAGCAUUUCAGUUUUGUCAUAUAUAGCAACAGAGUCCUUCAAAACACAUGACGGUAAUUCAUUAACAUUACUGUUACCAGACAUAGACUUAAUAGCAUUCCAAAACUUUCUAGGGUCAUUCAGGUUAUCAGUGGUAACAGACAUAAAAUAUUCAGACUUGGCCUUCCUGAGAAGAAAAGAACACUUGUUUCUUAACUGCCUAAAAAUAAGCCAAUCAGCAUCAGAACAAGAUUUCCUUGCUUUAGCCCAGGCUAGAUUACGGUCGUGAAUAAUACAAGACAGCUCAGAAGAAAACCAUGGAUUAUCCCGCCCUUUAACCCUGAACCUGCGGAAUGGUGCAUGUUUGUUUACUAUUUGGAAAAAACCAUCAUGAAAGAAUAUCCAGGCAGUUUCCACAUCAGGGAUAAGCUCAAUCUUGCUCCAGUCAAAAUAAAACAAAUCAUGAAAGAAAGCCUGCUCAUUAAAACACUUCAAAUUUCUCUUACGAAUAAAACGUGGAUUUGUCUUUGGAACCUUAGUAUUUCUAACAGCAACAACAGCACAAUGGUCACUUAAAUCAUUACAAAAAACACCAACCGCAGAAUAUUUAUGUGGAACAUUUGUCAAUAUCAAAUCAAUCAGGGUAGAUUUAUCAGGGCAUUUAAGAUUUGGGCGAGUGGGUGAAUUAAUCAACUGGGUAAGAUUCAUAGAAUUACAAAACAUUUUUAAAUCAUCAGACACCGGCUUUAACCAACACCAGUUGAGAUCACCAAUCAAGAUCAUUUCACUGUAAAGAAGUUUAGACAUAAGGUGCGUCAAAGAAGAAAAUGCAUCACCAAGAGCAGAGGGGGGUCUAUAACAGCCAAUCACAGUUAUAGAGAGGCCCUUUGAAACCUCAAUAUUCAAAGCAAGAAAUUCCAACUGUUUACAAAUAGUUUCAGACUUUGCCACACUUACAUGGAAUUUAGAUUUUACAUAUAUAGCCACACCCCCACCUUUCUUAACCCGAUCUGCACGAUAAACAUUGUAACCACUUAUACAAAUAUCCUUAUCAAAAAUAGACUUGCUGAGCCAGGUUUCCGAAAACACAAUUACAUCAGCAUCAGUUGAUUUAGCCCAAAUCCUAACCCCAUCAAUUUUUGACAACAGGCUGCGUACAUUUAAAUGAAAAAUACCAAAACCAGAUCUUGAUUUAAAAUCAGAGGGGGUUUGGAGACAUUGCAUAUCAGGGCCAGGGUUAGGUUGCACGUUACCUGAUAUCAACAACAGAAGAAUAACUAGGCACCUCUGUUUAAUAACCUUGCACGGCUUCUCUUUUUUAAGAGACCUACUGCAAGCGAAUUCUACAAGUGAGUUUCCAGACAAUACAAAACAGUCAUUUAAAACCAUUAGACUUUGGUAGUGACACAAAUUCGUACUGUUCACAUCAUGCCACAAAUGCAUCGGCACUUGGACGAGUGGACCGAGUGAAAAAGAGCGAGUUCCUGCAGACAAAAUGUCUAAUGGACGCGAGAGUACAUUGUCAGAUGUACUCACCCUGCGACAAUGUUCGUUUUCUCCAGAGUUCAAUAAAGUCAGUGCACAAAGCAAUACCACGUAAAUUGUCAUUUUCUCUGACCAAAAAACAAGAGGCCAACGAAGGUAAGUGGAGAGAGGGACAGCGUGUAUGUGAGUCAAUGUGAGUGUUUGCGCGUGUGAGUAGAUUGGGUGUUGAGGGCGAUAGAGAGAACGGGUUGAGCUGCCACUGACAGCCAGGCGAAGAGCAAGGAGCAGCUCGGACAAGACACUCCGCGGACUAACGAGGAACUCAGGCCAGCCAGAGAUAGGGUUACUUUGGUAAACUUCAAGUAAUGAAGUUCCGAGUUGAGGAGGACCCGUGAUCUUUACACCAGCAAAAAUAAAAUAGUUUGCACUACGCAACAACGAAGUUACGCAACCAUAAAUAAAUAGAUUAUUAGUAGGUUAAAAUGUACUAGUCACAAACAAACGACUUGACAAACGACUUGACAUGCUGCCAUCUUGGAUGAGAGUGGAGGGAGCAUCUUGACAUGCUGCCAUCUAGUGAUGAGACAGGAGGUUUCUUUAGUGAUCUAGGAGUUUUCUUGUAUUUCCCUGUCACUGUUGUUCAUGGAGCUCUCUUCUUCUCUCCCCUCCAGGUGUCACGCGUGGACGGGACAGUGGACAGUGCUCCCUGCCUGAAGCUGAGCCACAGGACAUUCGGCUCCCAGAACGCCAACACUGACAUGCUGUUCCUCCGCCUGAGCAUGCCCGUGGAGUUUGACGAAGUCUUCAAGAUCCCAGCCGGGACCACGCCCCUGACCCACAAGUUGACCAUCCACGAGGAUGAGGUUCUGGAGGUGGAGCCGGACUCAGAGUUUGAGGUUCUGAAGAAGUCGGCCAGUAAGAAGGAGCAGGAAGAGAAGGAAAAGGAACCAUCUGUCGCCAAGGAGACGCCCGAGAUAGAGAAGGACACGGUGUCAGAGAAGGGCAAGAAGAGAGGGUUAGUAAUGACUGAUGGGGAUGUGUAGAGGAGAACAGAGGGUUAGGAGUGACUGAUGGGGAUGUGUAGAGGAGAACAGAGGGUUAGGAGUGACUGAUGGGGAUGUGUAGAGGAGAACAGAGGGUUAGGAGUGACUGAUGGGGAUGUGUAGAGGAGAACAGAGGGUUAGGAGUGACUGAUGGGGAUGUGUAGAGGAGAACAGAGGGUUAGGAGUGACUGAUGGGGAUGUGUAGAGGAGAACAGAGGGUUAGGAGUGACUGAUGGGGAUGUGUAGAGGAGAACAGAGGGUUAGGAGUGACUGAUGGGGAUGUGUAGAGGAGAACAGAGGGUUAGGAGUGACUGAUGGGGAUGUGUAGAGGAGAACAGAGGGUUAGGAGUGACUGACGGGGAUGUGUAGAGGAGAACAGAGGGUUAGGAGUGACUGACGGGGAUGUGUAGAGGAGAACAGAGGGUUAGGAGUGACUGACGGGGAUGUGUAGAGGAGAACAGAGGGUUAGGAGUGACUGAUGGGGAUGUGUAGAGGAGAACAGAGGGUUAGGAGUGACUGACGGGGAUGUGUAGAGGAGAACAGAGGGUUAGGAGUGACUGAUGGGGAUGUGUAAAGGAGAACAGAGGGUUAGGAGUGACUGAUGGGGAUGUGUAGAGGAGAACAGAGGGUUAGGAUUGACUGAUGGGGAUGUGUAGAGGAGAACAGAGGGUUAGGAGUGACUGAUGGGGAUGUGUAGAGGAGAACAGAGGGUUAGGAGUGACUGAUGGGGAUGAGUAGAGGAGAACAGAGGGUUAGGAGUGACUGAUGGGGAUGUGUAGAGGAGAACAGAGGGUUAGGAGUGACUGAUGGGGAUGUGUAAAGGAGAACAGAGGGUUAGGAGUGACUGAUGGGGAUGUGUAGAGGAGAACAGAGGGUUAGGAGUGACUGAUGGGGAUGUGUAGAGGAGAACAGAGGGUUAGGAGUGACUGAUGGGGAUGUGUAAAGGAGAACAGAGGGUUAGGAGUGACUGAUGGGGAUGUGUAGAGGAGAACAGAGGGGUUAGGUGUGACUGAUGGGGAUGUGUAGAGGAGAACAGAGGGUUAGGAGUGACUGACGGGGAUGUGUAGAGGAGAACAGAGGGUUUAGGAGUGACUGACGGGGAUGUGUAGAGGAGAACAGAGGGUUAGGAGUGACUGAUGGGGAUGUGUAGAGGAGAACAGAGGUAAGGGUGAUGAUGGGGAUGUGUAGAGGAGAACAGAGGGUUAGGAGUGACUGAUGGGGAUGUGUAGAGGAGAACAGAGGGUUAGGAGUGACUGAUGGGGAUGUGUAGAGGAGAACAGAGGGUUAGGAGUGACUGAUGGGGAUGUGUAGAGGAUAACAGAGGGUUAGGAGUGACUGAUGGGGAUGUGUAGAGGAGAACAGAGGGUUAGGAGUGACUGAUGGGGAUGUGUAGAGGAGAACAGAGGGUUAGGAGUGACUGAUGGGGAUGUGUAGAGGAGAACAGAGGGUUAGGAGUGGACUGAUGGGGAUGUGUAGAGGAGAACAGAGGGUUAGGAGUGACUGAUGGGGAUGUGUAGAGGAGAACAGAGGGUUAGGAGUGACUGAUGGGGAUGUGUAGAGGAGAACAGAGGGUUAGGAGUGAACUGAUGGGGAUGUGUAGAGGAGAACAGAGGGUUAGGAGUGACUGAUGGGGAUGUGUAAAGGAGAACAGAGGGUUAGGAGUGACUGAUGGGGAUGUGUAAAGGAGAACAGAGGGUUAGGAGUGACUGAUGGGGAUGUGUAAAGGAGAACAGAGGGUUAGGAGUGACUGAUGGGAUGUGUAAAGGAGAACAGAGGGUUAGGAGUGACUGAUGGGGAUGUGUAGAGGAGAACAGAGGGUUAGGAGUGACUGAUGGGGAUGUGUAGAGGAGAACAGAGGGUUAGGGAGUGACUGAUGGGGAUGUGUAGAGGAGAACAGAGGGUUAGGAGUGACUGAUGGGGAUGUGUAGAGGAGAACAGAGGGUUAGGAGUGACUGAUGGGGAUGUGUAGAGGAGAACAGAGGGUUAGGAGUGACUGUGGGAUGUGUGAGAACGAGGUUAGGAGUGACUGAUGGGGAUGUGUAGAGGAGAACAGAGGGUUAGGAGUGACUGAUGGGGAUGUGUAGAGGAGAACAGAGGGUUAGGAGUGACUGAUGGGGAUGUGUAGAGGAGAACAGAGGGUUAGGGGUGACUGAUGGGGAUGUGUAAAGGAGAACAGAGGGUUAGGAGUGACUGAUGGGGAUGUGUAGAGGAGAACAGAGGGUUAGGAGUGACUGAUGGGGAUGUGUAGAGGAGAACAGAGGGUUAGGAGUGACUGAUGGGGAUGUGUAGAGGAGAACAGAGGGUUAGGAGUGACUGAUGGAGAUGUGUAGAGGAGAACAGAGGGUUAGGAGUGACUGAUGGGAUGUGUAAAGGAGAACAGAGGGUUAGGAGUGACUGAUGGGGAUGUGUAGAGGAGAACAGAUGGUUAGGAGUGACUGAUGGGGAUGUGUAGAGGAGAACAGAGGGUUAGGAGUGACUGAUGGGAUGUGUAGAGGAGAACAGAGGGUUAGGAGUGACUGACGGGGAUGUGUAGAGGAGAACAGAGGGUUAGGAGUGACUGACGGGGAUGUGUAGAGGAGAACAGAGGGUAGAGAUGCGGAUCAUUAAGGAAAGGGAUAGCAGAGACUUACAGCUGGUAGUCAGCUACAGAGAGAAGAUAAAUAAGUCAAAUAGAAUGUGUUCUCUUAUCUGGUUACACGAAGGCAAAUAAAUACAUCAGACUCCGCUGUGUGUCCAGGUUAUUUGCUAGGGCUAAGAAGGCGGCUACGAUCAACCCUCCCCCGACCCCUCCCCUGGUGCCACGGUUACAGCAGGACGUGGUCCCAGAUGACAGAGAUGAUGUGGAGAUUAUCCAGAACACCACCACGGUGAACACACACACACACACACACACACACCACUACAAACUCAAGGCAAUCCUGGGAAUGUAAAUGUUUUAUUGGAUCCCUGGGAAGGUUAACUGGAACCCUAAUCAUUACUGUUCCUUAUUUCCAUGGUCUCUUCGUAGUAUCCCCAGUAUGUACCUUAACUCUGAAUGUCCCUCCCCCUGCAUCUCUGCAGUACUACUACUCAGUGAGGAUCUUCGCCGGCCAGGAGCCCAGUGGGGUGUGGAUUGGCUGGGUAACCCCCGACUACCACAUGUACGACCCCACCUUUGAUCUCUCCAAGGUCCGGAACGUCACCUUAACCGUGGGAGACGACAAGGGCAACAUCCACGACAGGUGAGUGACCUCACACGUCUACCUGGACGGAUAUUACACCCAUGUUUCACUGUCUCUGUGUUAAGUUUAGGGAUUUCUAGAAAUACAUUGAUUUGUAUUGUCUUUGUAGUGAUCCCUUUGUCCCUACAGUAUGAAGCAUAGGAACUGCUAUAUGGUCUGGGGAGGAGAGGUUAUAGAUGUCAAUAACAGGUUAUAACUGGUCUGUGUCUACCGUAUGAAGAAUAUUAACUGCUAUAUGGUCUGGGGAGGAGAGGUUAUAGAUGUCAAUAACUGGUUAUAACUGGUCUGUGUCUACCGUAUGAAGAAUAUUAACUGCUAUAUGGUCUGGGGAGGAGAGGUUAUAGAUGUCAAUAACAGGUUAUAACUGGUCUGUGUCUACAGUAUGAAGCAUAGUAACUGCUAUAUGGUCUGGGGUGGAGACUUCGGCAGCAGCUCCCAGCAGGCCAGGUUCAGCCAGGAGGACACUGUGGUUGGCUGCCUGGUUGACCUGGCAACAGGCCUCAUGACCUUCACAGCCAAUGGGAAGGAGAUAAACACCUUCUACCAGGUGUGUGUGUGUGUGUGUGUGUGUGUGUGUGUGUGUGUGUGUGUGUGUGUGGUGAGACUCCUGUGCACAUGUUGGCUAUGUCACUGAGGAUGACUGGGUGGUUGUUGUUGACAGAGGUUUUUUGUUUGUUCCAGGUGGAGCCCAACACAAAGCUGUUUCCUGCUGUGUUCGUCCAGCCCUCCAGUCAGAACAUGGUACAGCUGGAGCUGGGGAAACUCAAGGUCAGAACCCUCCUCUUCCUCCUCCUCCCCCUUCCUCCUCCUCCACAUCCUCCUCAUGUCUAUGACCAUACCACUGUGAUGCCCUUAUUGAGAUGUCUAUGACCAUACCACUGUCAUGUCUUUUUCUCACUACUUCUUCUCUCUUCUCCUCUCAGAACAUCAUGCCCAUCUCGGCAGCCAUGUUCCGUAGUGAGCGUAAGAACCCAGUGCCCCAGUGCCCACCACGGCUGGACAUCCAGAUGUUGACCCCCGUCAUCUGGUCCCGCAUGCCCAACCACUUCCUGGACCCAGAGGUCGGCAGGGUCAGCGAGAGGCUGGGCUGGAUGGUGGAGUGCACCGAACCACUCACCAUGAUGGCCCUGCAUAUACCUGAGGAGAACAGGUUAGAUACAACACACCGUCCGCACUAGCCCUAGCCCUGAGACAAUACACUAGCCCUAGCCCUGAGACAAUAUACUAGCCCUAACGCCUUGUCAUGAUGGCCCUGUACAUACCAGAGGAGAACUGGUUAGAGAUAGACUGUACACUACAGGGUUGGGCUCAAUUCAGUUAGCAACAUUGGGAUAUUGUCAUAGACAACUUUUGGGCCAUUUUCAAUUAAUUACUUUUCAAAAUUGUUUUAAUCGUUUUAAUAAUCUUUGCAAAUACUGUAAAUAUACAAUAGCCCAACAGUUGAUUGAGAUGUUUAGGUUAGGUAUAGCUCAACUUACCCAUAUAUCAAAGACACUGAAAUACAUGGAUUUGGACUAAAAUCAGAAAAUAAACAAUUACAUUAGCAACGGUCAUCGAAAUUGUUAAAAGGUUUUAAAAACAAUUCUAAUAAAUGCAACAGUUGGACAAUGGAUGAAGAUACUCCAAACUUUUAGAAUUGUUAUAAUCCAUCAGAUAUUGAUUGAAUUGAGCAAAUAAAACAUUUUACUGGCACAGAAAACAUUUGACCGACUGCCUCGAUUCGGUCUUAUGUAACAACAUUUGAAAUGUUGGAUAAAAGUAGAGACUCAGAGCUUGCAGUUGAGGAACAAUGGGAAAGUAAUUCUGCUUUGAAAGUUGUUAAACAUGUAACCCCACUUUUGAGAAAAUGGUCCUUGAAUGUUUUGGUACACCUACUGGAGAGCUCUUCUUUGUCUAAACCCAUUCAGCAUCGUUCCCACCCUCUUAAGCCUUAGCCCCACCCAUCUCUUUAAGGAUUCACAUGUGAGGCCAUGUGCUAAACAGAGUGACUAGUGUAGUAAACAACCAAAGAUUAAGACUAAAAGUGGUAAAAGUAGUCGCCUACAAUAAGGGAAAACUCCAGGUAAAAAUACACUUUAUCUAGUCCUUGGCCGAUAUCCCAAUCUGAUUUUGGUGCAGGUCAUGUUGUUCUCCACAUUACCCUCUCUGGUAAACACACACUAUAUCAAAUAAAAUCUAAGUGUAUUUGUCACAUGCACAGGAUACAGAAGGUGUAAACGGUACAGUGAAAUGGUUACUUGCAUAGUAGCAAUAUCAAAACCAGAAAGUGUCCAGAUUUAAAUAUUUUAGAAAUAUUUGAUCAUUAUUAAAUGACGCUUAUAGCUGUGCAGUGAACUCCCUGCACUCACCUGCUCUGUCCACCCCACCUGCACUCACCUGCUCUGUCCACCCCACCUGCCCACACCUGCUCUGUCCACCCCACCUGCCCUCACCUGCUCUGUCCACCCCACCUGCACUCACCUGCUCUGUCCACCCCACCUGCACUCACCUGCUCUGUCCACCCCACCUGCACUCACCUGCUCUGUCCACCCCACCUGCACUCACCUGCUCUGUCCACCCUACCUGCACUCACCUGCUCUGUCCACCCCACCUGUCCUCACCUGCUCUGUCCACCCUACCUGUCCUCACCUGCUCUGUCCACCCUACCUGUCCUCACCUGUGCCUGCUAGACUGCCUCAUUAAUUACUGUUGUCACUCUCUCUUGCAUAAUUCAACAAGUGUGUCAAUAGCAGGAUACGCUCCGAUUAAAAAUAAUAUUUUUCUUCUCUUUCGUGUAAGUGUCGAGACGGUUACAUCCCCGAUAAAGCGUUAGUUCUUACAGAUUCAAGGGUAACACAAUGUAUUCCAUUGAGCCCAUUUCAGCCGUUACAGUGGUGUGUCUGACAGGUCAUUAAAAACAUUUCCUCGGUCGCAACGUUAACGGGAAAAAAACUAAAAAAGGCACAAGCAAGAGUAUGAAAGAGUCGCAGGAGCACAAUGAAAGCAAUCAAUCCAGCAGGACUUAAGUGACAAGUGUAUUUAGUACCCCUCAAAACAGGAAAUAGAUGGCUGAUAAAGACAGAUCCUCAGGAGGGCGGCGCUGUUGAAUUGCACACAAUUAUGAUGAGAAGACUGAAAGAGUCUUAUUGAUUGGCUGUUAGAAGUAGAGUAUGGGGGAAUUUCUUGUGUUUCUCUCAGUCAUGUGGAACAGAGGAGGUGGGUGGUCCUCGACAGGCAGGUACUGUAUGAGUAUUCAGGGUUGGGUAAGUUACUUUCUAAAUGUCAUUUGUUACAGUUACUAGUUACCUGUCCAAAAUUGUAAUCAGUAAUGUAACUUUUGGAUUACCCAAACCCAGUAAUGUAAUCUGAUUACUUUGGUUACUUUUAGAUUACUUUCCCCUUAAGAGGCAUUAGAAGAAGACAAAAAAUGAAUAUUACCAAUUGAAGUGACAUCUAUUGCAGGAUAAAUCAAUGUUAGAGUUUACAUAGCUGGACAUAUAUGUAUGUUGUGUUUUACUUUAUGGGCUGGUUAUGUAGGCUUCUUCUAACCCAUUACUUUCAGAUAAUAAUACGAUUAGGCUAUAGCUUUACAUUAAAAACCAAAGUAUGUCAGAUUUCCAGUCAUUCCAAUUAAUUUAAUAUCAAUCAAUCAAAUGUGAUUUAUAAAGCCCUUUUUACAUCAGCAGAUGUCACAAAGUGCUAUACAGAAACCCAGCCUAAAACCCCAAACAGCAAGCAAUGCAGAUGUAGAAGCACGGUGGCUAGGAAAAACUCCCUAGAAAGGCAGAAACCUAGGAAGAAACCUAGAGAGGAACCAGGCUCUGAGGGGUGGCCAGUCCUCUUCUGGCUGUGCCGGGUGGAGAUUAUAACAGUACAUGGCCAUGAAGGCCAGAUUUUUCUCCAAGAUGUUCAAACGUUCAUAGAUGACCAGCAGGGUCAAAUAAUUAUCACAGUGGUUGUAGAGGUUGCAACAGGUCUGUACAUCAGGAGUAAACGUCACUUGGCUUUUCAUAGCCGGGCAUUUAGAGGUUGAAAUAGCAGGUGCGGUAGAGAGAGAGAGUUGAAAACAGCAGGUCUGGGACAAGGUAGCACGUCCGGUGAACAGGUCAGGGUUCCAUAGCCGCAGGCAGAAGAGUUGAAACUGGAGCAGCAGCACGACCAGGUGGACUGGGGACAGCAAGGAGUCAUCAGGCCAGGUAGUCCUGAGGCAUGGUCCUAGGGCUCAGGUCCUCCGGGAAGUUAGAGAGAGAGAGAGAAUUAGAGGGAGCAUACUUAAAUUCACACAGGACACCAGAUAAGACAGGAGAAUAACACCAGAUAUAACAGACUGACCCUAGCCCCCCCCCCCGGCACUUGAUCUUCAAGAAUAGGACUUGGAAAUAUAGAUUAGCCAAAUUGUUUUACCUGAGCAUAACCCCAAAUACAAAUCAUUUAUUAGCCUAAUCUGUUGUCAUGAGCCUAAUCUGUAUACAGUGAGGGGAAAAAAGUAUUUGUUCCCCUGCUGAUUUUGUACGUUUGCCCACUGAUAAAGACAUGAUCAGUCUAUAAUUUUAAUGGUAGGUUUAUUUGAACAGUGAGAGACAGAAUAACAACAAAAAAAUCCAGAAAAACGCUUGUCAAUAAUGUUAUGAAUUUAUUUGCAUUUUAAUGAGGUAAAUAAGUAAGCCUCGUGACCGGGAGACCCAUGAGGCGGACAAUUGGCCCAGUGUCGUCCGGGUCAGGGGAGGGUUUGGCCAGUCGGGAUUUCCUUGUCCCAUCACGCUCUAGCGACUCCUUGUGGCGGGCCGGGUGCCUUCAAGCUGACUUCGGUCGCCAGCUAGACGGUGUUUCCUCCGACACAUUGGUGCGGCUGGCUUCCGGGUUAAGCGUGCAGUGUGUCAAGAAGCAGUGCGGCUUGGCAGGGUCGUGUAUCGGAGGACGCAUGGCUCUCGACCUUCGCCUCUCCCGAGUCCGUAGGGGAGUUGCAGCGAUGGGACAAGACUGUAACUACCAAUUGGAUAUCUUGAAAUUGGGGAGAAAAAGGGGUAAAAGUCCCCCAAAAAUAAUUUCAAAAAUUAUGCCAUAAAUCAAUGGUGCUACCGGUCAAUGAUUUUAGAGACCGGUAUAAUGAUGAUUUAAAUGGUUUGACCAUCCAGAUCUGUUUACACUUGAUUGAUAUCCAGGAACAAUGGGUCCCUGACUACCUCCGGAGGUGGUCAUGAAGAUCAGAUCAUAAUGCAUCUUUUAGUCGUCUACACCUGUCAAAAAAUGUGUCCACAAUCAGAAUGUGGACAAGAUCAAGAAAAAGGAACCGGGUAUAAAAAGGGCCACGGAGGACUGAUUGGGCUCAUUGCUUCGAGUUGAAAAAAUAAAUGGUGUUCUCAUGGAAUGGCUUUGAGCACUACAGAAAAGUGCAAUUUGCAUGUGAAAAAUGUCGCUCUAGGCCUUUUUGUUUAUGUUAUAUUUACAUGUAACACUUUACUCCCCAACCCUGCGUAUAUUGAGAGGGUGUAACGGUUCUGAUCCGUCCCUGUAGGUGUAUAGACAUCCUGGAGUUGUCUGAGCGGCUGGACCUACUGAAGUUCCACUUCCACACUCUGAUGCUGUACUGCGCUGUCUGUGCCCUGGGCAACAACCGUGUAGCACACGCCCUCUGCUCACAUGUCGACGAAUCACAGCUCUUCUACGCAAUGGAGAACACCUACCUGCCCGGCCCCCUCCGCAGCGGGUACAGAUCUGAUUGAUUGAUUUGAUUUGUUUUAUCUCAGUGUCUUACACCAUUGGGUGCCCAGCCCAAAAUGGGCUUACUUACAAGACACUAUUCAAAAAAAUACUUGUGCACAAAACAAAUGUACAACUUAAUAAUUCCUAUUGUCAACCUCUCCGUCUCCAGGUAAUAUGACCUUUGACCUUUAACCUCUCCCUGUCCAGGUUCUACGACCUGCUGAUCUCCAUCCACCUGGAGUCAGCCAAGCGGGCACGGCUGGGCACCAACCGGGAGUUCAUCGUGCCCAUGUCCCCCGAGACGCUGAGCAUCACCCUGUACCCUGAUGCUGAGAAGGCCUCCGACCUCCCGGGUGUCGGGUUAACUACCUGUCUCAGGCCCAAGCUGCACUUCUCAGCCAUCAACUUUGUUGGGACGGACCCCGACCUGUACACUCUCAGCCCUGUAUUCCCUCUGCAGGUAAUUCACUUCAGAUCACAUCACUCUGUUGUUCCUAUCCCGCCCAGUGAGUGAGAGCUUCUUGUGUGGCUUUGGUACAUGAUGUACAAAUUAAGGUAAAUUAAGGUAAGGGCUCUUUUGGCUGAAUCUGGUGUAUGUACAGACAUUUGUUUAAACCCCUGUAGGUCUAAGCCAGUGGUAGUCACUGAUAUUUCUGAGGGAGCCACUUUUGUUAAACAAAAUCACUGGGGGCGAGUCUCCAAUCCCAUCGGAGAGCGGGGGUUUGGGGGCUUGGGGGUCGCAAAGUCAAAUGGAUUCAUACAUGAUAUUUAAGAUACUACUACCAUGAACGAUCAAGCUACACUACAUGACCAAAAGUACGUGGACACCUGCUCGUCGAACAUCUCAUUCCAAAAUCAUGGGCAUUAAUAUGAAGUUGGUCCCCCCUUUGCUGCUAUAACAGCCUCCACUCUUCUGGGAAGGCUUUCCACUAGAUGUUGGAACAUUGCUGCGGGGACUUGCUUUCAUUCAGCCACAAGAGCACUAGUGAGGUUGGACACUGAUGUUGUUGGGUGAUUAGGCCUGGCUCACAGUCGGCGUUCCAAUUCAUCUCAAAGUUAUUCGAUGGGGUUGAGGUCAGGGCUGUGUGCAGGCCAGUUAAUUUCUUCCACACCGAUCUCGACAAACCAUUUCUGUAUGGACCUCGCUUUGUGCACGGGGUCAUUGUCAUGCUGAAACAGGAAAGGGCCUUCCCCAAACUGUUGCCACAAAGUUGGAAGCAUAGAAUCGUCUAGAACGUCAUUGUAUGCUGUAGUGUUAAGAUUUCCCUUCACUAGAACUAAGGGGCCUAGCCGUGAAAAACCAUGAAAAACAAUCCCAGACCAUUAUUCCUCCUCCACCAAACUUUACAGUUGGCACAAUGCAUUCGGGCAGGUAGCGUUUUCCUGGCAUCCGCCAAACCCAGAUUCGUCCGUCGGACUGCCAGAUGUUGAAGCGUGAUUCAUCACUCCAGAGAGUCCAAUGGCGGCAAGCUUUACACCUCUCCAGCCGACGCAUGGCAUUGCGCAUGGUGAUCUUAGGCUUGUGUGCGGCUGCUCGGCCAUUGAAACCCAUUUCAUGACCUCCCGACGAACAGUUAUUGUGCUGACGUUGCUUCCAGAGGCAGUUUGGAACUCUGUAGUGAGUGUUGCAACCGAGGACAGACUAUUUUUACGAGCUUCAGCACUCUGAGUUUCUACGCGCUUCAGCGGUCCCGUUCUGUGAGCUUGUGUGGCCAACCACUUCGCGGCUGAGCCGUUGUUGCUCCUAGACGUUUCCACUUCACAAUAACAGCACUUACAGCUGACCGGGGCAGCUCUAGCUGGGCUAGAAAGGUGGCAUCCUAUGACGGUGCCACGUUGAAAGUCACUGAGCUCUUCAGUAAGGUCAUUCUACUGCCAAUGUUUGUCUAUAGAGAUUGCAUGGCUGUGUACUCGAUUUUACACACCUGUCAGCAACAGGUGUGGCUGAAAUAGCCGAAUCCACUAAUUUGAAGCGGUUUCCACAUACUUUUGUAUAGUGUAUUUGGUUCUCUGACUCUAUUUUAGGACACUUGGAGACAAAUGUGUAACAAUAAUAUGAUGGAUCCUUUGAAUCUGACCCUAUUGCCAUUAUCUCAAUAAAAGUAAUAGCACAAAGAUAUGUCAAAUCAGGUAAUGAAAAACGUUAGUCUGGAAGAAGCUUUGAAGUGAUCGAAAUGCAUUGGAAAGAUAUUGAAAAGUUCAGGGAUGAUCGAACAUUCUUUGGGUUGUUUGUGGAGAAUCAAUUCAUUUUCCUCAAGUUAUUCUGUACAGAUUCAUCACUCUCUCUUAUAAAAUGAGUCACAGCUUGUGUCAUAAACAGAAGAAACAUACGCGUUUCUGAGAGUCCUUUCAGGGGUCAUAGUCGGUGAUAACUCCAACAGUUCAAAAUCUAGAGAAGGAAAAUGAUUUCAAGACGCUCCAAAAGCUUUUACCGCUCUGUUUGUCCCAGCUGCUGAAAUCAAUGGUUACUCACCAGUGGCAGUCGGUGCCGUUUAUGAGCAUGGCCUUAUUUCUAUUACAGCAUAUUGGAUGACUGUCAUUCAUAUUCCAUUCACCCAGCUCAAUGUAACACGGAUAGGUUUAGGCUACUACAUGACACUCAAAGUUUACAAAGUAGGUGCACAGGUCGAGAGAAUUUUGAGUAAUCAAAGUGACAGACAGUGACACAUUCAAUACCGCCUUGCACACUCUUGCCUGCAUCUAGCUGAUCUAGGAAGUAAUCAUUAGUCCAACAGUUGCAAUUGGACAAAUUCAGGUAUGUUUAUCCCCAUUUAGUUCCGUAUGCUUCUGUUUAAGGAAUACACCCCUGAUCACACGCAAACACAGUUCAUUUUCAUAGCAGCCACAUACAAACAGCAUGAUCCCUUUGAUCGUUGUAGAAUUCCUUCUCUCAUCUACGUGCUCUCUUCCUCUCACCUUUUCCCUUCGCUUGUGGACUUCAGUGCUCAACACAUCAGCUGUCUGUGACCAGGCAAAAAAAAACUUUCCAAGCCAAACCUUCAUAACAUAACCGCUAAACACAGCCUACAUCGUUGUCACCAUAUUAGCUAACAUCAUAGUCAACAUAGCUACUAGAACUAACGCGUUAGUAAACCCGCUACAAUCACGCACUACAGUGUACAGUCAGCAAGCAGUUUAGCAGUUACACCGGCGGGUCCCGGGUGGCAAUAAAUUCAUAACACCAAAAGCUUACCUUGACUUGGAAGAGUUCCAGUGUUGGAUAGCCAUAGCCAGCUAGCUAACAUCGUAUCCCUCUCGCUGUUUGAGCCGGGUGUUUGAGGAGGCUAAACUAGCUAGCUGCAUAAGUGAAAGUUAAAAAAAUACAACCAAAUAUACAGUGAGGGAAAAAAGUAUUUGAUCCCCUGCUGAUUUUGUACGUUUGCCCACUGACAAAGAAAUGAUCAGUCUAUAAUUUUAAUGGUAGGUUUAUUUGAACAGUGAGAGACAGAAUAACAUCAAAAAAAUCCAGAAAAACGCAUGUCAAAAAUGUUAUAAAUUGAUUUGCAUUUUAAUGAUUCAUUUAAAGGUUCGUAUAAGUUUGUAGCUUAAACCGUCUGGACAGUCAGUUUUGUGAGAAGACCUCUUCAGAAUUGGGAUGUCCGCGUCAGCCACUUCAGACGACUGUCGUACCGCUAAACAACCCUCUUGUCAAUGAGUCUCAGCUUUCCAUGGUGGAGUUUAGUUAGUUUGGGUUUUACAGACGAUUCAGUGACGAUUUUCUUGUCCGGAUCCUGUCAUGUCUGGAAAAACACUGUCUAUGGAAUAGGCGCAUUGGCUGCAAUCGGUGAACUCCGUACAGUCUCACGGAGCCUAUGUAAGAAACAGGUGGCUUAGUGGGUAAGAGCGUUGUGCCAGUAACCGAAAGGUCGCUGGUUCUAAUCCCCGAGCCGACUAGGUGAAAAAUCUGUCGAUGUGCCCUUGAGCAAGGCACUUAACCCUAAUUGCUCCUGUAAGUCGCUCUGGAUAAGAGCGUCUGCUAAAUGACUAAAAUGUAAAAUGUAAACAGGAAGUAUCCAGUGUAAACACACAGGGAGCUAUUUAAUAUGCAGUGCGUCAAUCGACUUCAGGGGGUUUAUUUGCCCCCGUCCAAUACUUCUAACAAUUCAAAGUCAAGUAAACCAAGGCCAGAGACUAGGGUUAGGUGGGUUGGUAAGGCUGGUUAGCUAGUUAUUAACUAACUUUAAGUUAGUAGUUCAUUUGUAACCCAUACCUCAUCUCUCCUCAGGAACUGAAGACCAAAGCCAUCAGCAUGUUGACAGAGGCAGUGCUGGAUGGUAGCCAAGCUAUGAGGGACCCAGUAGGGGGCAGCGUAGAGUUCCACUUCGUCCCCAUCCUGAAGCUCAUCAGCACUCUCCUCAUCAUGGGCAUCUUCAACGACGAAGACGUUAAACACAUCCUCAAGAUGAUUGACCCAAAUGUGUUCGCUGGGAAGAAAGAGGAGGUGGUGGAGGAGGAGGAGGAGGAGGGAGAGAAGGCAGAGGGAGAGGAUGCUACUGCCAAGGAAGAGGGGGAAGAAGUGAAGGAGAAGGAAGAGGGAGAGGAGGAAGAGGAGGAAGAGGAGGAGGCAGAUGAUGAAGGAGUAGGGGAGGAGGAAGAGGAGGAUGAGGAACUGAAAAACCUGGAGAAAGAAGAAGGGGAGACGGAGGAGGAGGGGGAGAAGGAACACAAGGAGGAGGAGAAGGAGAAAGAGGAGGAGGGGGAGGAAAAAGAGAUGACAGAAGAGGAGAAGAACAUAGCGGCGACAGAGUUGGAGUUAGAGAAGGAGGAGGCCGCUUUGGAGGAGGGACUACUGCAGAUGAAGCUGCCAGAGUCUGUCAAACUGCAGGUGAGUCUCUUCUGACAGCCAUGUGAGUACUAAGGGUGGCCCCAGUCAGAGGCCCCUCCCAUGUCUAUUUAACACAAUCAUGGCUACUGAACGAAGAGCUGUUCGGAGCCGGCUCUUUCAGGUGAACAAAUUAAAAGUCUAACUGAAAAUAAUUUAAAUGACCUUCACUAGUAAAGGUCUUUGCAUCACCACAUAGACCAGGGAUGGGCAAUAAUGUCUCGAGGGCCACAUCAGGAUAAAAAUAUUCAACAGAGGGGCUCCCAGACUUUUUUCAGACCGCUUUGUUUGUCAAAAGCAAUUAGCGGCCCAGAAAAAGGGCAGUUGUUUCUACAUAUGUUUUAUGUGUUUUUACACUUUCAAGUUAGGGAUUUAUGAUGUGUAAAUACUUUGCCUCAUUUAUCAACAUAACUAAAAAAGGCAUGCACACAAAACCUACAAAAUAUACAAUGUUUCUCAUAUGCUGAAAUCACAGAGAAGACAAUUGUUUAUAUGAACGAAGUACGCACAUUCAUGCUGCUCAGGACUCAAACUCAUAAAGGCUAGUUGUGAGUGUAAUGCUGCUGUUUUGUGUACUAAUCUCUCUCCUCUUUCUUUACCUCCCUCUCAGAUGUGUACGCUGCUGCAGUACUUCUGUGACUGUGAACUGAGGCACAGGGUGGAGGCUAUCGUGGCGUACUCAGAUCAGUUUGUCAACGCCAUUCAGACCAAUCAGAGGGUUCGCUAUAACCUGCUGAUGCAGGCCUUCUCCAUGAGCGCUGCCGAGACCGCACGCAAGACACGAGAGUUCCGCUCCCCACCUCAGGACCAGGUACAACUAGUCUUGUCUGAGCCCGAACGGUCCAUAGAGCAAGACCAGGUACAACUAGUCUUGUCUGAGCCAGAACAGCCCAUAGGUAAGGUGUAAGGUGAGGCAGCUUGAUGUACCAGGACACCCUCUGGACAGGACACUAGUCUAUUUCCUGUUUCUGUUAGUGAGUAGUGCCAUCUGAUGCUGAUGAUACUUAACUGUGUGUGUCCCUCCUGUCAGGUGAUCCUGCUGACCAACUUCAAGCAUGGUCCGGAGGAGGAGGAGUGUCCAGUACCGGAGGAGACCAGAGACACACUGACCGACUUCCACACUGACAUCCUUAUACAUUGUGGUCAGUAACCCUGACCCCUGACCCCUAACCCCUAACCCACAGCACAUCCUAACAACCUUCCAAAACACCACACACACACGGAGAGCUAACUGACCAUGUAUCCUUCUCUCCUCCAGGUGUGCACAUCGAGGCGGAGGAGGAGGAAGAGGAGGUGGACACCUCUCUGAGAGGGCGCCUGGGCCGGUAGGUAACUCUAAGGGGUGGACCUUUAGCCGAAAGUUUGCCGGUUCGAAUCCCAGGACUGCUCUGUCCUCUUCUCAAAAGUGUGUGUGGGAUGUGUGUGUGUGAUGUGUGUGUGUGCGAUAUCUGGGGGGUUGACAACUGAAGAGAGUAGAAUACACAUUUCUGUUGUUUGCUGCAACAUACUGACAAAUAAAGUUGUAUUGUAUUAUAACAUACUGAUAAUAUGAAGUUGUAUUGUAUUAUAACAUACUGAUAAUAUGAAGUUGUAUUGUAUUAUAACAUACUGAUAAUAUGAAGUUGUAUUGUAUUAUAACAUACUGAUAAUAUGAAGUUGUAUUGUAUUAUAACAUACUGAUAAUAUGAAGUUGUAUUGUAUUAUAACAUACUGAUAAUAUGAAGUUGUAUUGUAUUAUAACAUACUGAUAAUAUGAAGUUGUAUUGUAUUAUAACAUACUGAUAAUAUGAAGUUACAUUUACAUUUACAUUUUAGUCAUUUAGCAGACGCUCUUAUCCAGAGCGACUUACAGUUAGUGAAUACUUUUUUUUUUUUAUACUGCCCACCCGUGGGAAUCGAACCCACAACCCUGGCGUUGCAAACGCCAUGCUCUAUCAACUGAGCUACAUCCCUGCCGGCCAUUCCCUCCCCUACCCUGGACGACGCUGGGCCAAUUGUGCGCCGCCCAUGGGUCUCCCGGUCGCGGCCGGCUGCGACAGAGCCUGGAUUCGAACCAGGAUCUCUAGUGGCACAGUUAGCACUGCGAUGCAGUGCCUUAGACCACUGCGCCACUCAGGAGUACUCAAGUUGUAUUGUAUUAUAACAUACUGAUAAUAUGAAGUUGUAUUGUAUUAUAACAUAUGGACAAUAAAGUAGUUAGUCAGUCUCACUCAGAUAUCAUAUUAAAAACUACUAAUCCAUUCCCACGGGGGGCCAGUAUGAAAAAUGUAUGCACUCACUAAUUGUAAGUCGCUCUGGAUAAGAGCGUCUGCUAAAUGACUAAAAUGUAAAAUGUAUGUAAUGUAAAUGUAUUGUGUUAUAUCUCCUUAGGCUGGUGGGGAAGGUGAAGAACUUGAGGAAGAAGAAGGAGGUGGUGGAGGAGCCAAAGGAGGAGGAGGAGGUCAAACCCAGUAAGAACACAUUCACCACCCUAACCCCUAACCCAGGAGGAGGUCAAACCCAGUAAGAACACAUUCACCACCCUAACCCCUAACCCAGGAGGAGGUCAAACCCAGUAAGAACACAUUCACCACCCUAACCCCUAACCCAGGAGGAGGUCAAACCCAGUAAGAACACAUUCACCACCCUAACCCCUAACCCAGGAGGAGGUCAAACCCAGUAAGAACACAUUCACCACCCUAACCCCUAACCCAGGAGGAGGGGGAGGAGGUCAAACCAGGAGGUUAACUCUAGUAUACCCCUAACCCAGGAGGAGGAGGACGAGGAGGUCAAACCAGGAGGUUAACUCUAGUAUAUCCCUAACCCUAAUACUUGGUUAGAUUACACAUCUUUGUAUCUGUCCCAUUGUGGCGUCUGUCAUUUUCCUCUUCUACUAUUUCUAUGAGUUGGUAAUAAUAAUAAUAAUAAUAAUAAUAAUAAUAAUACUAAAUGGGACUUAUAUAGCACUUUUCAAGGAACCAAAGUCGCUUCACAAUUAUAGAAAUGAAAAAGAAAAACAACAAAACAUCAGACUAAACAAGACAUGAAUAAGGAGAGGGGUGGGCUCAAACAAGACAUGUAUAAGGAGAGGGGUGGGCUCAAACAAGACAUGUAUAAGGAGAGGGGUGGGCUCAAACAAGACAUGUAUAAGGAGAGGGGUGGGCUCAAACAAGACAUGUAUAAGGAGAGGGGUGGGCUCAAACAAGACAUGUAUAAGGAGAGGGGUGGGCUCAAACAAGACAUGAAUAAGGAGAGGGGUGGGCUCAAACAAGACAUGUAUAAGGAGAGGGGUGGGCUCAAACAAGACAUGAAUAAGGAGAGGGGUGGGCUCAAACAAGACAUGAAUAAGGAGAGGGGUGGGCUCAAACAAGACAUGAAUAAGGAGAGGGGUGGGCUCAAACAAGACAUGUAUAAGGAGAGGGGUGGGCUCAAACAAGACAUGUAUAAGUAGAGGGGUGGGCUCAAACAAUACAUGAAUAAGGAGAGGGGUGGGCUCAAACAAGACAUGUAUAAGGAGAGGGGUGGGCUCAAACAAGACAUGUAUAAGGAGAGGGGUGGGCUCAAACAAGACAUGUAUAAGGAGAGGGGUGGGCUCAAACAAGACAGGAAUAAGGAGAGGGGUGGGCUCAAACAAGACAUGAAUAAGGAGAGGGGUGGGCUCAAACAAGACAUGUAUAAGGAGAGGGGUGGGCUCAAACAAGACAUGAAUAAGGAGAGGGGUGGGCUCAAACAAGACAUGAAUAAGGAGAGGGGUGGGCUCAAACAAGACAUGUAUAAGGAGAGGGGUGGGCUCAAACAAGACAUGAAUAAGGAGAGGGGUGGGCUCAAACAAGACAUGAAUAAGGAGAGGGGUGGGCUCAAACAAGACAUGUAUAAGGAGAGGGGUGGGCUCAAACAAGACAUGUAUAAAGAGAGGGGUGGGCUCAAACAAGACAUGUAUAAAGAGAGGGGUGGGCUCAAACAAGACAUGAAUAAAGAGAGGGGUGGGCUCAAACAAGACAUGUAUAAAGAGAGGGGUGGGCUCAAACAAGACAUGUAUAAAGAGAGGGGUGGGCUCAAACAAGACAUGAGUAAGGAGAGGGGUGGGCUCAAAGAAGGGAAAGAGUGUGAUGUAUCAGUGUAUGGGGAGGGGAGGGUUGGGAUUUGGAUAUGAACCCAGUUUAAGAUUUACAGGCAUAAUUGAUUAGCUUUAGGAGGAUGGUACACAAGUAUAGUGGUCAUGGAGCAAGACGAUUUAUAGGCUAUGGAUUCAGAUGAGGAGGAGAGCUAAUCAUUUUGUUGAGGAGAGCAAAGUUAGUAUUGUGAGACUUGAGAGGUGAGUCUAUGGAUAGUGGUAGGCUGAAGGCACUUACAGUAUGAGAUGAUGGAUUGGGAGCAGGAUACGAGUGAGGCCAGAGGGAGUUAACGUUGCUACCAGUAGUAUAGUUGACAGACCAGUUCCAACGUGAGCCACGAUGCAGGUAGCGGUGUCUAUGGAGGAUGCAUGAGGAUCAAGCAGGGAUAAGGACAUCAGAGGAGAGGCCAUUGUUAUUAUUCAGGCGGCGAAGAUCAAGGAAGGAGUAGUAUUUGGUCUGGAAAAAACAGGGAGGGGGAAACCAUAGUAAUCCAUGGCAGAGCGCAAACAGGAAGAACAGAUAGGAGCCAGUGGGCAGGUGCAUGACAGCGAUUUAGAUCCAAUAAAACGUCAGGUAAAUCCACACAGAAACCACCACGGUCGGUAAAGCAGCAAGUCAGAGCACAACUAACUUACUCUUAACCAGCUAGCACUAGAACCCACGGUCAAAACACAUCUGAAACCCAACCUUCACCAGCAGAACAAAAGCAAAGAGAGAGUGGAGACUUACUCAAUGAGAUUGAUGGCUGGGGCCCACGCCAUGGCAAAAGGGUGGAGGCUGGGUUACCAGAGCGAGGGCCAGGGAGAGAAGCGCUUCAGGGGAGAGGCCAUAGAGGAAGAAUCCAGGCAGGUGGAGGUGAUCACAGCAGUGCAGUUCAGAAACAGAAGUAGGCUAGCAGCCAACUAGCAAGCACUAAUAAGCCAAGGUUGUAAAAGUCACAAAACAAGCUAGCUAGCACUAAUAAGCCAAGGUUGUAAAAGUCACAAAACAAGCUAGCUAGCACUAAUAAGCCAAGGUUGUAAAAGUCACAAAACAAGCUAGCAAGGACUAAUAAGCCAAGGUUGUAUAAGUCACAAAACAAGCUAGCAAGGACUAAUAAGCCAAGGUUGUAAAAGUCACAAAACAAGCUAGCAAGGACUAAUAAGCCAAGGUUGUAAAAGUCACAAAACAAGCUAGCAAGGACUAAUAAGCCAAGGUUGUAUAAGUCACAAAACAAGCUAGCUAGCACUAAUAGGCCAAGGUUGUAAAAGUCACAAAAAACAAGCUAGCUAGCACUAAUAAGCCAACGUUGUAAAAGUCACAAAACAAGUUAGCUAGCGCUAAUAAGCCAAGGUUGUAAAAGUCACAAAACAAGCUAGCUAGCACUAAUAAGCCAAGGUUGUAAAAGUCACAAAACAAGCUAGCUAGCACUAAUAAGCCAAGGUUGUAAAAGUCACAAAACAAGCUAGUUAGUUAGCACUAAUAAAUCAAGGUUGUAAAAGUCACAAAACAAGCUAGCUAGCACUAAUAAGCCAAGGUUGUAAAAGUCACAAAACAAGCUAGUUAGCACUAAUAAACCAAGGUUGUGAAAGUCACAAAACAAGCUAGCUAGCACUAAUAAGCCAAGGUUGUAAAAGUCACAAAACAAGCUAGCUAGCACUAAUAAGCCAAGGUUGUAAAAGUCACAAAACAAGCAAGCUAGCACUAAUAAACCAAGGUUGUAAAAGUCACAAAACAAGCUAGCUAGCACUAAUAAGCCAAGGUUGUAAAAGUCACAAAACAAGCUAGUUAGUACUAAUAAAUCAAGGUUGUAAAAGUCACAAAACAAGCUAGCUAGCACUAAUAAGCCAAGGUUGUAAAAGUCACAAAACAAGCUAGCUAGCACUAAUAAGCCAUGGUUGUAAAAGUCACAAAACAAGCUAGCUAGCACUAAUAAGCCAGGGUUGUAAAAGUCACAAAAACUCCAUUAGGCUUAAAAGUGGACAUAAACAACAGGCCGAAAAGCAGACAAAACAAUCACUUAACGAAAAACAGAUGAGUAAACACUGUUACUAAACAGGUACCAGGUAGAAGCGACAGUCAAGCAAGACGCCAGCAGAUACUCUUGCCCGGAAAUGACAUCACAUGGUAAACAAACUGAAAGGGUGCAUGUUGUUUGAACAGGUAUAAAGCCAAGGUUGGUGAUGUACUGCCACCUGCAGUUAUGGAAUGUUUACUCCCAGGCAUAAUUAAUUGGCUGAUCGCUCCUGAUGACCUGGAUGGAAUUGUGUGAUCCUUCCUAACCCAUAGGAAGUCGCACCCAGUUGACUAAUUUAUAAUGGUAGAAGUCCUCAAUGGCAAUGGCCAUGCAAAAACGGGUUAUAUCCAUGUAGUGAUCUUUAUCUAUCUCUAUGGGCUGUUUUCUAGACCUCCUUCCAGGUGAUUCCUGCCAGACUUGACUCCUGUAUCAAUUAAAGUGGUGGCAUAGUCUAGCACUUCCUAGUGAUCCGUCACACUAGUAAUAUUUUAUAUAUUUUCCCUGUACCCCAAAGGCCCUGUCAUUUUUCCUAUACCACAAAAACUUGAGCUGGUGUAGUACGGGGCAACAGACAGUAAAAAUAGAUAAUCUCUUGUUCAUUCACUACAACUCCAUGUGUGUCCUCCCCUUCCCAAGGCACUCUCCAGGAGCUGAUCUCCCAUACCAUGAUCCACUGGGCCCAGGAGGCCUUCAUCCAGAACCCUGAGCUGGUGCGUCUGAUGUUCAGCCUGCUCCACAGGCAGUAUGAUGGGCUGGGGGAGCUGACCAGAGCCCUGCCUAAAGCCUACGCCAUCAACGCUGUGUCUGUCCAGGAUACAAUGGACCUGCUGGAGUGCCUGGGCCAGAUCAGAUCUCUGCUCAUCGUCCAGAUGGGCCCAGAGGAGGAGAGGCUCAUGAUCCAGAGCAUCGGGUAUGUCUGGUUACUGUACCUUUAGGGUUAGGGUGGUUACUGUACCUUUAGGGUUAGGGUGGUUACUCUACCUUUAGGGUUAGGGUGGUUACUCUACCUUUAGGGUUAGGGUGGUUACUGUACCUUUAGGAUUAGGGUGGUUACUGUACCUUUAGGAUUAGGGUGGUUACUGUACCUUUAGGGUUAGGGUGGUUACUGUACCUUUAGGAUUAGGGUGGUUACUCUACCUUUAGGAUUAGGGUGGUUACUCUACCUUUAGGGUUAGGGUGGUUACUGUACCUUUAGGAUUAGGGUGGUUACUCUACCUUUAGGAUUAGGGUGGUUACUCUACCUUUAGGAUUAGGGUGGUUACUGUACCUUUAGGGUUAGGGUGGUUACUGUACCUUUAGGAUUAGGGUGGUUACUCUACCUUUAGGAUUAGGGUGGUUACUCUACCUUUAGGAUUAGGGUGGUUACUGUACCUUUAGGGUUAGGGUGGUUACUCUACCUUUAGGAUUAGGGUGGUUACUCUACCUUUAGGUUUAGGGUGGUUACUCUACCUUUAGGUUUAGGGUGGUUACUCUACCUUUAGGAUUAGGGUGGUUACUGUACCUUUAAGGUAAGAGUGGUUACUCUACCUUUAGGGUUAGGGUGGUUACUCUACCUUUAGGGUUAGGGUGGUUACUCUACCUUUAGGGUUAGGGUGGUUACUCUACCUUUAGGGUUAGGGUGGUUACUCUACCUUUAGGGUUAGGGUGGUUACUCUACCUUUAGGGUUAGGGUGGUUACUGUACCUUUAGGAUUAGGGUGGUUACUCUACCUUUAGGAUUAGGGUGGUUACUGUACCUUUAAGGUAAGGGUGGUUACUCUACCUUUAGGAUUAGGGUGGUUACUCUACCUUUAGGUUUAGGGUGGUUACUCUACCUUUAGGGUUAGGGUGGUUACUCUACCUUUAGGGUUAGGGUGGUUACUCUACCUUUAGGGUUAGGGUGGUUACUCUACCUUUAGGGUUAGGGUGGUUACUCUACCUUUAGGGUUAGGGUGGUUACUCUACCUUUAGGGUUAGGGUGGUUACUCUACCUUUAGGGUUAGGGUGGUUACUGUACCUUUAGGGUUAGGGUGGUUACUGUACCUUUAGGGUUAGGGUGGUUACUCUACCUUUAGGGUUAGGGUGGUUACUCUACCUUUAAGGUAAGGGUGGUUACUCUACCUUUAAGGUAAGGGUGGUUACUGUACCUUUAAGGUAAGAGUGGUUACUCUACCUUUAGGAUUAGGGUGGUUACUGUACCUUUAGGGUUAGGGUGGUUACUCUACCUUUAGGGUUAGGGUGGUUACUCUACCUUUAAGGUAAGGGUGGUUACUCUACCUUUAAGGUAAGGGUGGUUACUCUACCUUUAGGGUUAGGGUGGUUACUGUACCUUUAGGGUUAGGGUGGUUACUGUACCUUUAGGGUUAGGGUGGUUACUCUACCUUUAGGGUUAGGGUGGUUACUGUACCUUUAGGGUUAGGGUGGUUACUCUACCUUUAGGGUAAGGGUGGUUACUCUACCUUUAGGAUUAGGGUGGUUACUGUACCUUUAGGGUAAGGGUGGUUACUCUACCUUUAGGAUUAGGGUGGUUACUGUACCUUUAGGGUUAGGGUGGUUACUCUACCUUUAGGAUUAGGGUGGUUACUGUACCUUUAGGGUUAGGGUGGUUACUCUACCUUUAGGAUUAGGGUGGUUACUGUACCUUUAGGGUUAGGGUGGUUACUGUACCUUUAGGGUAAGGGUGGUUACUGUACCUUUAGGGUAAGGGUUAGGGUGGUUACUGUACCUUUAGGGUUAGGGUGGUUACUGUACCUUUAAGGUAAGGGUGGUUACUCUACCUUUAGGAUUAGGGUGGUUACUCUACCUUUAGGGUUAGGGUGGUUACUGUACCUUUAGGGUUAGGGUGGUUACUGUACCUUUAGGAUUAGGGUGGUUACUGUACCUUUAGGAUUAGGGUGGUUACUGUACCUUUAGGAUUAGGGUGGUUACUGUACCUUUAGGGUUAGGGUGGUUACUCUACCUUGUAAAGUUUAGGCUCAUGACCCAGAUUAUCUGGCAUCACGUAGGUGGACCAGUGAUUACCAGGGUUGGGGGCAAUUCCAUUUAAAUUCAUUGAAAUUGAAAUUGAAUUGUACCCUAAACCUGGCAGUGAUGACUGUAUGAAGGACAGGACCGAAGGAACAAUUCAACUACCAUUAUUUUUGUUAAUGUAAAAGUAUGUUUGUUGUUGUGCACUGUCUCGUUCUCCAGGAUCAUCAUGACAAACAAAGUAUUCUACCAACACCCCAACCUUAUUAGAGCUCUCUUUGUUUACCUGUUUAUUUAUUUGGUUGUUUUUGUUUUCCAGGAACAUCAUGAACAACAAGGUGUUCUACCAGCACCCUAACCUGAUGAGGGCUCUGGGGAUGCACGAGACUGUCAUGGAGGUGAUGGUCAACGUGCUGGGAGGAGGAGGAGAUUCCAAGGAGAUCCGCUUCCCCCAGAUGGUGACCAACUGCUGUCGGUUCCUGUGUUACUUCUGUCGUAUCAGCCGUCAGAACCAGCGGUCCAUGUUUGAUCACCUCAGCUACCUGCUGCAGAACAGCGGCAUCGGCCUGGGUACAGUACACUCUGCCUGUCAAUCAGAAAACACACAGGGGAACUCUUAACCACUGGUACAGGAUCAGUUAUGUUUUCAUCCCCCUAGUGGUAAAGGUUAGGAUUGGGGAUAGGGAAAUCUGAUCCUAGAUCUGUGAUUAAGAGCAACUACUAUCUACCUCAAUCUCGAUCACUUCUCUGAGACACUUCCCUAGCUCUGUGUGUGUUUCAUAAACAUUCUCCUGGUCUUCUUGUAGGUAUGCGUGGCUCCACCCCUCUAGAUGUGGCUGCAGCUUCCUGUAUCGACAACAACGAGCUGGCCUUGGCUCUACAGGAGCAGGACCUGGAGAAGGUAACACUAACCCUAACCUGUCACCCCGUACCCCUAUUCAACAGGAGGCUGCUGAGGUUAGGACGGCUCAUAAAAGUGUCUGGUACAGAGAAAAUGGAAUUGCAUCAAUGUAUUUGAUACCAUUCCACUCUUUCCACUCCAGCCAUUACCAUGAGCGCGUCCUCCCAAAUUAAGGCGCCACCAAGCUCCAGUGUCCUAUUCCUUAUAUAGAGCGGGAAGAAUGGCACCGGAGGGGAUGGCUGCCGUUUUACGGGCUCCUAACCAAUUGUGCUACUUUGUGGUUUUUUCGCAUUGUUUGUAACUUAUUUUGUAAGUAAUGUUAAUGCUACCAUCUCUUAUGACUGAAAAGAGCUUCUGGAUAUCAGAACAGUGAUUACUCACCUCAAACUGGAUGAAGAGUCUGACGUGAAGUCUGACGUGAAGGAUAUAAUGUUGCUCCCGGACAAGGCCCAAAUCCCCGUCAUUCGCAUGAAGAAAAGAAUGAGAUACAGGGAGCGCAGAUCAGGGUGCCUUGUGAGAAUUCAUUGGUGAGUGGGUGACCCGCCUCUACCAUCCGUUCUAUUGGCCAACGUGCAAUCACUGGAGAAUAAACUGGAUGAUCUUCGUUCGAGACUGUCCUACCAACGGGACAUUAAAAACUGUAAUAUCUUAUGUUUCACUGAGUCGUGGCUGAACGACGACACAGAUAAUAUACAGUUGGCUGUGUUUUCUGUGCAUCGGCAGGACAGAACAGCUACGUCUGGUAAGACGAGGGGUGGUGGUGUGUGUUUAUUUGUCAAUAACAGCUGGUGCGCGAUGUCUAAUAUUAAGGAAGUCCAAAGGUAUUGCUCGCCUGAGAUAGAGUACCUCAUGAUAAGCUGCCGACCACACUAUCUACCAAGAGAGUUUUCAUCUAUAUUUUUCAUAGCCGUCUAUUUACCACCACAAACCGAUGCUGGCACUAAGACCGCACUCAACCAGCUGUAUAGGGCCAUAAGCAAACAACAAAAUGCUCAUCCAGAAGCGGUGCUCCUAAUGGCCGGGGACUUUAAUGCAGGCAAACUUAAAUCAGUUUUACCAAAUUUCUACCAGCAUGUCACGUGCAACUAGAGGAAAAUAACCUCUAGACCAGCUUUAUUCCACACACAGAGAAGCGUACAAAGCUCUCCCUCGCCCUCCAUUUGGCAAAUCUGACCAUAAUUAUAUCCUCCUGAUUGCUGCUUACGAGCAAAAACUAAAGCAGGAAGUACCAGUGACUCGCUCAAUACGGAAGUGGUCAGAUGACGCAGAUGCUACGCUACAGGACUGUUUUGCUAGCACAGACUGGAAUAUGUUCCUGGAUUCAUCCAAUGGCAUUGAGGAGUAUACCACCUCAGUUACCGGCUUCAUCAAUAAGUGCAUCGACGACGUCGUCCCCACAGUGACCGUACGUACAUAUUCCAACCAGAUGCCAUGGAUUACAGGCAACAUCCGCACCGAGCUAAAGAGUAGAGCUUCCGCUUCCAAGGAGCGGGACACUAAUCCGGACGCUUAUAAGAAAUCCUGCUAUGCCCUCAGACGAACCAUCAAACAGGGAAAGCAUCAAUACAAGACUAAGAUUGAAUCCUACUACACCGGCUCUGACGCUCGUCGGAUGUCGCAGGGCUUGCAAACUAUUACGGACUACAAAGAGAAACCCAGCCGCGAGCUGCCCAGUGAUGCGAGCCUACCAGACGGGCUAAAUGCCUUUUAUGCUCGCUUCGAGGCAAGUAACACUGAAGCAUGCAUGAGAGCACCAGCUGUUCCGGGCGACUGUGUGAUCACGUUCUCCGUAGCCAAUGUAAGCAAGACCUUUUAAACAGGUCAACAUUUACAAGGCCGCGGGGCCAGACGGAUUACCAGGACGUGUACUCAGCGCAUGCGUGGACCAACUGGCAAGUGUCUUCACUGACAUUUUCAACCUCUCCCUGACCGAGUCUGUAAUACCUAAAUGUUUCAAGCAGACCACCAUAGUCCCUGUGCCCAAGAAAGUGAAGGUAACCUGCCUAAAUGACUACCGCCCCAUAACACUCACAUCGGUAGCCAUGAAGUGCUUUGAAAGGCUGGUCAUGGCUCACAUCAACACCAUCAUCCCGGAAACCCUAGACCCUCUCCAAUUCGCAUACUGCCCCAACAGAUCCACAGAUGAUGCAAUCUCAAUCGCACUCCACUCUGCCCUUUCCCACCUGGACAAAACGAACACCUAUGUGAGAAUGCUGUUCAUUGACUACAGCUCAGCGUUCAACACCAUAGUGCCCACGAAGCUCAUCACUAAGCUAAGGACCCUGGGACUAAACACCUCCCUCUGCAACUGGAUCCUGGACUUCCUGACGGGCCACCCCCAGGUGGUAAAGGUAGGCAACAACACAUCUGCCACGCGGAUCCUCAACACGGGGGCCCCUCAGGGGUGCAUGCUUAGUCCCCUCCUGUACUCCCUGUUCACCCACGACUGCAUGGCCAAGCAUGACUCCAACACCAUCAUUAAGUUAGCUGAUGACACAACGGUGGUAGGCCUGAUCACCAACAACGAUGAGACAGCCUAUAUGGAGGAGGUCAGAGAGCUGGCAGUGUGGUGCCAGGACAACAACCUCUCCCUCAACGUGAGCAAGACAAUGGAGAUUAUUGUGGACUACAGGAAAAGGAGGGCCGAACAGGCCCCCAUUCACAUCGACGGGGCUGUAGUGGAGCGGGUCGAGAGUUUCAAGUUCCUUGGUGUCCACAUCACCAACAAACUAUCAUGGUCCAAACACACCAAGACAGUCGUGAAGAGGGCACGACAACGCCUUUUCCCCCUCAGGAGAAGAAGAUUUGGCAUGGGUCCCCAGAAACUGAAAAAGUUAUACAGCUGCACCAUCGAGAGCAUCCUGACCAGUUGCUUCACCGCCUGGUAUGGCAACUGCUCGGCAUCCGACCGUAAGGCGCUACAGAGGGUAGUGCAUAUGGCCCAGUACAUCACUGGGGCCAAGCUUCCUGCCAUCCAGGACCUAUAUGCCAGGCGGUGUCAGAGGACGGCCCAAAAAAUAUUCAAAGACAGUAACCCAAGUCAUAGACUGUUCUCUCUGCUACCGCACAGCAAACGGUACCGGAGCGCCAAGUCUAGGUCCAAAAUGCUCCUUAACAGCUUCUACCCCCAAGCCAUAAGUCUGCUGAACACUUAAUCAAAUGGCCACCCGGACUAUUUGCAUUGAACUUUAUUUUAUUUAGUAAAUAACUAUUUUCUUAAAACUGCAUUGUUGGUUAAGGGCUUAUAAGUAAGCAUUUCAUGGUAAGGUCUACACCUGUAGUAUUCAGCGCAUGUGACAGAUUAGAUUCGAUUCGAUUUGAUUUGACCCUAAACCUUACUCUAACCCAACAACGAGAUGGACAUGGCUCUGCAGGAACAGAACCUGGAGAUCAGGCUCACUGUCCGCCUAUUCCCUAUACAGUAGACCCUAGAUAAAACAUCUGUCUCCCUGUACCCCUAGUCCACAUACAGUAGGACGUUUCCCAUUAGGACCUGGAUAGAACACAAUCCGUUUCCCAGUCCGAUGCUCCUGUCUAAGGGUUACCCUGCUAACCCUUACCCUCUCCUACCUGCCCCUCUCUCCAGGUGGUGACGUAUCUGGCGGGCUGUGGACUACAAAGCUGUCCGAUGCUCCUGUCUAAGGGUUACCCUGCUAACCCUUACCCUCUCCUACCUGCCCCUCUCUCCAGGUGGUGACGUAUCUGGCGGGCUGUGGACUACAAAGCUGUCCGAUGCUCCUGUCUAAGGGUUACCCUGCUAACCCUUACCCUCUCCUACCUGCCCCUCUCUCCAGGUGGUGACGUAUCUGGCGGGCUGUGGACUACAAAGCUGUCCGAUGCUCCUGUCUAAGGGUUACCCUGCUAACCCUUACCCUCUCCUACCUGCCCCUCUCUCCAGGUGGUGACGUAUCUGGCGGGCUGUGGACUACAAAGCUGUCCCAUGCUCCUGUCUAAGGGUUACCCUGCUAACCCUUACCCUCUCCUACCUGCCCCUCUCUCCAGGUGGUGACGUAUCUGGCGGGCUGUGGACUACAAAGCUGUCCCAUGCUCCUGUCUAAGGGUUACCCUGCUAACCCUUACCCUCUCCUACCUGCCCCUCUCUCCAGGUGGUGACGUAUCUGGCGGGCUGUGGACUACAAAGCUGUCCCAUGCUCCUGUCUAAGGGUUACCCUGCUAACCCUUACCCUCUCCUACCUGCCCCUCUCUCCAGGUGGUGACGUAUCUGGCGGGCUGUGGACUACAAAGCUGUCCGAUGCUCCUGUCUAAGGGUUACCCUGCUAACCCUUACCCUCUCCUACCUGCCCCUCUCUCCAGGUGGUGACGUAUCUGGCGGGCUGUGGACUACAAAGCUGUCCGAUGCUCCUGUCUAAGGGUUACCCUGCUAACCCUUACCCUCUCCUACCUGCCCCUCUCUCCAGGUGGUGACGUAUCUGGCGGGCUGUGGACUACAAAGCUGUCCCAUGCUCCUGUCUAAGGGUUACCCUGCUAACCCUUACCCUCUCCUACCUGCCCCUCUCUCCAGGUGGUGACGUAUCUGGCGGGCUGUGGACUACAAAGCUGUCCCAUGCUCCUGUCUAAGGGUUACCCUGACAUCGGCUGGAAUCCCUGUGGAGGAGAGAAAUACCUGGACUUCCUCCGCUUUGCCGUCUUUGUCAACGGUCAGUUACAGUGCCUCCAACACCUAGCCUGGAAUAGACACUGAAUAUACUUUCUGUUUCACAAUUGUUUCACUAAAAUGAAGUGUGGAUUCAGAGUGGUUUCCAGGCUUUCUAAUACCUGGACUAUAUUACUGAUGUUGCUGCAGUAUUGUUAGCCCUGAUUUGGCUGUAGUCUCCACUAUGGUAGUCUCCACUAUGGUAGUCUCCACUAUGGUAGUCUCCAUGGCUGUAGUCUCCACUAUGGUUGUCUAUAUGGAAGUCUCCACUAUGGUAGUCUCCACUAUGGUAGUCUCCACUAUGGUAGUCUCCAUGGCUGUAGUCUCCACUAUGGUUGUCUAUAUGGUAGUCUCCACUAUGGUAGUCUUCACUAUGGUAGUCUCAUUUACAUUUACAUUUACGUCAUUUAGCAGACGCUCUUAUCCAGAGCGACUUACAAAUAGGUGCAUUCACCUUAUAGCCAGUGGGAUAACCACUUUAUUUUUUUGGGGGGGGGGGGGGGGUUGGGGGGGGGGGUAGAAGGAUUACUUUAUCCUAUCCCAGGUAUUCCUUAAAGAGGUGGGGUUUCAAAUGUCUCCGGAAGGUGGUGAGUGACUCCGCUGUCCUGGCGUCGUGAGGGAGCUUGUUCCACCAUUGGGGUGCCAGAGCAGCGAACAGUUUUGACUGGGCUGAGCGGGAACUAUGCUUCCGCAGAGGUAGGGGAGCCAGCAGGCCAGAGGUGGAUGAACGCAAUGCCCUCGUUUGGGUGUAGGGACUGAUCAGAGCCUGAAGGUACGGAGGUGCUGUUCCCCUCACAGCUCCGUAGGCAAGCACCAUGGUCUUGUAGCAGAUGCGAGCUUCAACUGGAAGCCAGUGGAGUGUGCGGAGGAGCGGGGUGACGUGAGAGAACUUGGGAAGGUUGAACACCAGACGGGCUGCGGCAUUCUGGAUGAGUUGUAGGGGUUUAAUGGCACAGGCAGGGAGCCCAGCCAACAGCGAGUUGCAGUAAUCCAGACGGGAGAUGACAAGUGCCUGGAUUAGGACCUGUGCCGCUUCCUGUGUAAGGUAGGGUCAUACUCUCCGAAUGUUGUAGAGCAUGAACCUACAGGAUCGGGUCACCGCCUUGAUGUUAGCGGAGAAGGACAGGGUGUUGUCCAGGGUCAUGCCAAGGCUCUUCGCACUCUGGGAGGAGGACACAACGGAGUUGUCAACCGUGAUGGUGAGAUCAUGGAACAGGCAGUCCUUCCCCGGGAGGAAGAGCAGCUCCGUCUUGCCAAUGUUCAGCUUGAGGUGGUGAUCCGUCAUCCAUACUGAUAUGUCUGCCAGACAUGCAGAGAUGCGAUUCGCCACCUGGUUAUCAGAAGGGGGAAAGGAGAAGAUUAGUUGUGUUUCGUCAGCGUAGCAAUGAUAGGAGAGGCCAUGUGAGGAUAUGACAGAGCCAAGUGACUUGGUGUAUAGCGAGAAUAGGAGAGGGCCUAGAACUGAGCCCUGGGGGACACCAGUGGUGAGAGCACGUGGUGCGGAGACAGCUUCUCGCCACGCCACUUGGUAGGAGCGACCUGUCAGGUAGGACGCAAUCCAAGAGUGAGCCGCGCCGGAGAUGCCCAACUCGGAGAGGGUGGAGAGGAGUAUCUGAUGGUUCACAGUAUCAAAGGCAGCAGACAGGUCUAGAAGGACAAGAGCAGAGGAGAGAGAGUUAGCUUUAGCAGUGCGGAGAGCCUCCGUGACACAGAGAAGAGCAGUCUCAGGGGGGGGGGGGGGGGAUUCAGCAGGGAGGAGAAUGUGGCAAAGAGCUUCCUAGGGUUAGAGGCAGAUGCUUGGAAUUUAGAGUGGUAGAAAGUGGCCAUAGCAGCAGAAACAGAUGAAGAAAAUGUAGAGAGGAGGGAGUGAAAAGAUGCCAGGUCCGCAGGGAGUCUAGUUUUCUUCCAUUUCCGCUCAGCUGCCCGGAGCUCUGUUCUGUGAGCUCGCAAUGAGUCGUCAUCAAGCCACGGAGCUGGAGGGGUGGACCGAGCCGGCCGGGAGGAUAGGGGACAUAGAGAGUCAAAGGAUGCAGAAAGGGAGGAGAGGAGGGUUGAGGAGGCAGAAUCAGGAGAUUGGAGGGAGAAGGAUUGAGCAGAGGGAAGAGAUGAUAGGAUGGAAGAGGAGAGAGUAGCGGGAGAGAGAGAGCGAAGGUUGCGACGGCGCAUUACCAUCUGUGUAGGGGCAGAGUGAGUGUUGGAGGAGAGGGAGAGAGAAAAGGAUACAAAGUAGUGGUCGGAGACUUGGAGGGGAGUUGCAGUGAGAUUAGUAGAACAACAGCAUCUAGUAAAGAUGAGGUCAAGCGUAUUGCCUGCCUUGUGAGUAGGGGGGGACGGUGAGAGGGUGAGGUCAAAAGAGGAGAGGAGUGGAAAGAAGGAGGCAGAGAGAAAUGAGUCAAAUGUAGACGUAGGGAGGUUGAAAUCCCCCAGAACUGUGAGGGGUGAGCCAUCCUCAGGAAAGGAACUUAUCAAGGCGUCAAGCUCAUUGAUGAACUCUCCAAGGGAACUUGGAGGGCGAUAGAUUAAGCUUAAAUGGGCUAGUGACUGUGACAGCAUGGAAUUCAAAUGAGGAGAUAGACAGAUGGGUCAGGGGAAAAAUUGAGAAUGUCCACUUGGGAGAGAUGAGGAUUCCUGUGCCACCACCCCGCUGACCAGAUGCUCUCGGGGUAUGCGAGAACACAUGGUCAGACGAGGAGAGAGCAGCAGGAGUAGCAGUGUUUUCAGUGGUAAUCCAUGUUUCCGUCAGCGCCAAGAAGUCGAGGGACUGGAGGGUAGCAUAGGCUGAGAUGAACUCUGCCUUGUUGGCAGCAGAACGGCAGUUCCAGAGGCUGCCUGAGACCUGGAACUCCACGUGGGAGGUGCAUGCAGGGACCACCAGGUUAGAGAGGCAGCAGCCACGCGGUGUGAGGCGUUUGUAUAGCCUGUGCGGAGAGGAAAGAACAGGGAUAGGCAGAGGCAUAGUUGACAGGCUGCAGCAGAUGGCUACAAUAAUGCAGAGGAGAUCGGAAUGAAAUGAACUAAACAUCUGGGAAAGGAGAGAGCGGGGCCUCCCUCACCACAACCCCCAAAUAUAACUCUCCCAACUUCCACCUCAGAAACUAUAAUUGUUGUAAACUACAGCGGUUCAAUGUUUUCUAGGAAUAGACUAACUUUGUUUAUUCAGCUAGCUAACUAGGUGCAGUAUUAUUCCGUGAAAAUCGUCCGGGCACCUCGUCAUAAGACGCCACAGCCAGCUAGCAUGCCGGCCACAACAAACCACCAGUGUAUCAACACGCAAGCAGAUCGUUCGUGUCCGUGUCUAACGUUGUGGGUUAGUCCCGACAGCUUGAGCGAGUCCGUCGUCAACUUAUUCAGCCAGUUAGUUAGCUAGAAUAGUUAGCAAACUAGCUAGCCAUUGCUUUCAGACAAAGAAGAACCCCUCCUUUCACGGCACGAACACACAGAGAGAGCCAAACUAACAUUAACUAGUCACCCAUGUCCCGAAUUCCUUGAACGACUCGGGCUAUCAAUAUGUAAAAAAACAAAACACAAAUGUAGGUUAUGACUUACCCCUAGCAGCUACUGUUAGCUAGCCAAGUGCAUAGCUAGCCACUGAAUUGACUCAGCCAGUUCGCGUCUGUUCGCUCGGUCGUUCCAGCUAUUGUUUACUAGUAGCUAUCCAGGUAGCAACAAGCUAGCUAAAUUUCAAGCACAGUAGCCACUUGCUACCUAACGUUAACGGUUCAGACAAUGAGGUUAGAAAACAGCUGAAUGGUAGGCAAUUAUUGUUGUAAUUAUUGUAGGCAACCAGCUGGCGUAAUUACAGGCACUCUCAGGCGUGAAACAACUAUACCGUUGCUAAUAGCUACUCGCCAGCUAGUCCAGGUGGUGGGUUAGCUAGCUAGCUUCGUGCUACACCCGGCACCGCCGAAUACAAUACUAACCUACAAUAAUUACAUACAACAACCCACGAUAACUACCUACAAUACCUAACUACAAUCUAAAUACAUUGUUUAAGCCUUACUCGACAAAGCCCAAGCUAUGUAUAAAGCCAAGCUUACCCGACGCCAAGCUUACCCGACGACCUCCUCCUUCGACGACCUGUCUCCACUAUGGUAGUCUCCAGUAUGGUAGUCUCCACUAUGGUAGUCUCCAUGGCUGUAGUCUCCACUAUGGUUGUCUAUAUGGUAGUCUCCACUAUGGUAGUCUCCAUAAUAGAGGUGUGCCAGUGCUACAGUGUACCAGUAGCGGUGACUCACACUCUGUUCUUCUUCUAUUAUUAUUUCUCUGUCUGUCUGUUCUUACCCUACAGGAGAGAGUGUGGAGGAGAAUGCCAACGUGGUGGUGCGUCUACUGAUUCGUCGGCCAGAGUGUUUUGGCCCCGCCCUGAGAGGAGAGGGGGGUGCUGGUCUGCUGGCGGCAAUAGAGGAGGCCAUCAAGAUCUCAGAGGACCCAGCCAGGGACGGACCUACCGUCAAGAAGGACAGGCGGUUCCCCAUGUAAGCCUACUGGAGAGCUGUUGUUGUGGUGUUGUGUUGUUGUUGUUGUUUUGUUGUUGGUGUUGUUGUGGUGGUGUUGUUGUGUUGUGGUAUGUAGCCAGGGACGGACCUACCGUCAAGAAGGACAGACGCUUCCCUGUGUAAGAAAAGUAUAUUCUUUAGCAUAUAAGAUGGAUGCUUUGGUAAGACUGGAGAGAGAGAAGUAUGGUGUUCAAAAUGAAAGAGAAGAAACGUUAGAAUGGAAGAGUAAAAGAUUUUAUGCUUUCGUUCAAGAUUCCUUUCAGCCUUCCCAAUUCACAGUAAUUGUAUUGAUAAUAGAUUAUAUUUGUAAAGCGCUUUAAAU